GGCCCAUGCACAUGGCGCUAGCCUCCUGCAACUCCCUCGCCGACGCCGUCUUCCUAGACAUGGCGUAUCGCAACCCGUGCGACGGUGGCUUGGCAUCCACCUUCUACGGCGGCGCUGGUAGCCCCGCGGCAGCUUUCCUUCGGCCUGCGUUCGGCGCGGCCCCCGCCGACCUGGCGCCGCAGCAGCGGCAGCCCGACGCCUUGGAGUGCCUGUCGGACGACGGCGUCUCGUCGGUUGUAGUGCCUGGCACGUUCGGGACGCCGCCGCCGCCGCCACCGCGGAUGCCGGUCGUGCCGGAUGCCUCGGGCUACGCUCAUGCUAGGGGUACGGCCGCCGUGGCGGGGGAGGGGUCGACGCCGAGGACGACGGACAGGAUCGCGUUCCGGAUGAGGUCGGAGGAGGAGGUACUCGACGACGGCUACAAGUGGAGGAAGUACGGCAAGAAGUCCGUAAAGAACAGCCCUAAUCCGAGGAACUAUUACCGGUGCUCGACGGAGGGCUGCAACGUCAAGAAGAGGGUAGAGCGAGACAAGGACGACCCGAGCUAUGUUGUGACCAUGUACGAGGGGGUGCACAACCACGUUAGCCCCGGCACCAUCUACUACGCCACCCAAGACGCCGCCUCUGGCCGCUUCUUUGUCGCCGGGAUGCAUCAAUUCGGUCCUUGAUGAUUAAGCACAGCAAGUUAGCGCAGAUGGACAUACUGACUACGUAUAGCGUAGACACAUCCAAGUAUACAUUAUCUUAAUCAAUCCGCUCAACAUCGAAAAUUAACAUGGCUGUAAUAUCUCAAGCUGGCCUCUUAGCGUUUUGUUUUAUGGUGAAGAUGUUAAGUAGUUGCCCCCA